UACCCAAGCUCUCUCUUUUAAACUUCCUAAUUUCAUCCUCACUCCUCUUCAAAUCAACAAAAUUGCAUUACUUCCAAACGACGGAUCGGUAGAUUUUGAGAUAUGGCGCGAUACGACAGAGCAAUUACCGUUUUCUCGCCGGACGGCCACCUAUUUCAGGUCGAGUACGCUCUCGAAGCCGUUCGCAAGGGUAACGCCGCCGUCGGUGUUCGCGGCUCCGACACUAUCGUACUCGCUGUCGAGAAGAAGUCCACUCCUAAGCUUCAGGAUUCAAGGUCAGUGAGGAAGAUUGUCAACUUAGAUGAUCACAUAGCAUUGGCAUGUGCAGGCCUGAAGGCAGAUGCUCGUGUUUUGAUAAAUCGGGCACGUAUAGAAUGCCAGAGUUAUAAGCUUACAAUCGAGGAUCCUGUAACUGUUGAAUACAUAACUCGCUAUAUUGCUGGUCUUCAACAAAAGUACACACAAAGUGGUGGUGUGAGACCUUUUGGCCUUUCAACCUUGAUCAUUGGGUUUGAUCCACAUACAGGUACUCCAGCACUUUAUCAGACAGAUCCAUCAGGCACUUUUUCAGCGUGGAAAGCCAAUGCUACUGGGAGAAAUUCUAACUCCAUCAGAGAGUUUCUUGAGAAGAACUACACAGAAACAUCUGGCCAAGAAACCGUGAAGUUAGCCAUCCGUGCUCUAUUGGAGAGAUCCAUGAUUCAACCUGCAUCCGCAACUAUGUGUGGAAAGGCGAUCAUGAUGCAUGUCCUGUAUUUAGGUCUGCUGUUAUAAUGAAUGCAUCAAUUCUUGAAUAAUGGGUAGCGUGUGAGGUAAAUGCCCAUUUAGUUACUACUCCCUCCAUCCAUAAAUUUUGUCACACUCUGACCGGGUACGAGUUUUAAGAAAUGUAAUGGAAAGUGAGUUGAAAUAUGUGGGUCUUUCUUUUAUAAAUUGGUUUUAUAAUAAAAUGUGAGUGAGAAUGAGUUAGUGGAAUAUGAGGUUCACUACCAAAAAUGGUAAAAAGUGAAAUGUGACUAAUUUUGUGUGACGGACGGAAAUGGAAAAAUGUGAAAAAUUUUGUGGGACGGACGAGAAUGGAAAAAUGUGACAAACUUUCUGGGACGGAAAGAGUAUAAUUACUUAGGCAGAACAGAUUUUGAACAUAACACUAACACCAAGUUAUCCUGGGUGAAAAGUCUGAUAUUCGCAACUGUGACUAAUCUCUGGUGCUGUGUGUUAUGCCAAUUGAAUUUGUUAUUGCAUGGCAUGUUAUUCUGUUUAAUUAUGUAGCAUGCCUUGGUUGCAUAUGUUUUUCCAUCUUUUGAUCUGUGUUGCUGCAUCUCAAUUCUCUGUGAUGGUGUUUUUCAUAACUAGGUACUAUUUCGGUAGAUUAUUGACAUCUGCAAA